CCGCACGCCCAUAUCCGCAAUCCGUUCGCAAGACCAGCGACAUUUUCCAACGUCAACUUCACCUGAAUCGCAUUCCGCCCACCAUGUUCCCAAUUGCCAGAAGCUCUGUUCUGCGGGCUGCCCGCUCACAAAUCUAUCCGUCCCGGGCCUGCAAUCAGCCCUCUCUCUCGGCACUCGCUCGUCUUCUCUCCACCUUGGCCGUUCUUGAACAGCGGGAUGGAAAGCUCCAACAGUCCUCUCUCUCUGCCGUUGCAGCCGCGCAGAAGCUGGGGGGAUCAGUUACAGCUUUUGUUGCUGGAAAGGGUGUGAAGGGAAGUGCUGCGGCUGAGGCGGCAAAGAUUAAGGGCUUGGAGAAGGUUGUUGCUGUGGAUAAUGAGGCUUAUGAAAAGGGGUUGCCUGAGAACUACGCUCCUCUGCUCGUCGACAACAUCAAGUCCGGCGGCUUUUCGCACGUCCUCGCUGCUCACUCCGCCUUUGGAAAGAGUCUUCUGCCUCGCGUGGCAGCUUUGCUGGAUGUGCAACAGAUCUCAGAUAUUACAAAGAUUGAGAGUGAAGACACAUUCGUCCGCCCCAUCUACGCCGGAAACGCUAUCCUGACUGUCCAGUCGACUGAUCCUACCAAGAUCAUUACCGUUCGGGGAACUUCUUUCCAGGGCAUUGAGACCGAAGGUGGCUCUGCUGAGAUCGUCGAUGGUACCGACCCUAACGCCCCUGCCCUGACCGAAUGGGUUUCCGAGGAGCUCACGAAGUCCGAGCGUCCUGACCUGGGCACCGCAUCCCGCGUUGUCUCGGGUGGCCGUGGACUGAAGUCAAAAGAGGAGUUUGACCGCGUUAUCGUGCCAUUGGCCGACUCCCUGGGUGCUGCGAUUGGUGCUUCCCGUGCUGCCGUUGACAGUGGAUUUGCCGACAACAGUCUCCAAGUCGGUCAGACAGGAAAGAACGUUGCACCGCAAUUGUAUCUCUGCGCUGGUGUUUCCGGUGCUAUUCAGCACCUUGCUGGUAUGAAGGACAGCAAGGUCAUUGCUGCUAUCAACAAAGACCCUGAUGCGCCCAUCUUCCAGGUGGCCGAUGUCGGCCUCGUCGGUGACCUCUUCGAGAAGGUCCCUGAGUUGACCGAGAAGCUCAAGAGCCAGACAUAAGCUAUCAGUUUUAGGUAUAUUUAGUCUUAUGUAUCAUGAUUAUAUCAUUUUGUUUGGUUCUCUUCCUAUAAGGCUUUUUUCUUGAAUGCGGUAUUCUACGAAUGAUACUGUAUACAUAUUUCCUGAGAUCCCCACGACUUCAGCAUCACAUCAGAGCAAACCAUGGCACUAUACAAGCAAUACAAUGGCCAUUGACUGAACUGGAC